GGGGACAGUCCCAGGCCCGGGAGGCGGGGUGCUCGGAGGCCACGCCCACGGCCGACCGGCAGUCCUGCGCUUUCCAGAGCUCCGCUGGCGUUCUCUGCGAGAACCGGCGGAAGAUCCACCGGAUGAAUGGCCCUCCUCUCGGGAUGGGGGCCCCGGGUCCGCGCGGGGCUCCGAAUCUCGCGGCCUCGCCCCACAGCGGGCGGUGCGCCCGGCCGUUUGUGCGCGAGGCGGGGCGCGGGGCUCCCCUGGCCCUGGGCGCGCCGAACCCCUCGGUAGCGGGGGCUAGCAGCAGCCGGUGCGGCGCCCACGAGCACAGCCCCGGAGAGAAUGUGGACUGUGACUCCUGGGUCCGAGAGAAAGUGCUCUUUCUUCUGCACCCGGAGAGGUGGUUGGGGACUCAGGGGGACUCCGUACGGGAAGAAGUGGCCGAUGAGGAGGACCUUUUCAAAGCGGGAGGACAGGACCGGGAACCCGACUGCCCUUCGCCUCUCUUUCCAAGGGAAAAGCGAAUUUCUGGCAGCCGUGUAGACGCUCCCUCCCGAGCUCCGGGGGACCCACCCAAACCCCUCCUCGUCCGGGUCGUGGAUUAUGAGGUGACACAAGAAGUCCUGCAGGUCGCGUGGGCGAAGGGCUGCAUGACCACGCUGACCGAGGAGCGCUCCAUGACCGCGGUCACUUUUACCGCCAACACGGAGUGAGACCGGUUGCGGGGCGCCGGGACCCUUGGAGAAUCCCGAGCCCUCGGCACAGAGAGAGAGAGAGAGAGACCCCUGUGUCCACGCCGCGGAGGGAGAGUUUCACGGUCCCUCAGGACCUGACUCCCCGAGGAGAUUCAGUGGGGAAGAGGAGCCCGAGGAACGUUCAGGAGUUGGUGAAGGAGCGCUCAUCCUUAAGAAAAGAAAAUGCUCUUCCGGAAACUCCAGCCUGAAAUUAACCGACAGUAAGAACCUUUUAAGAGGCUUCAGGGAGGCGCACGGCACCCAGUGCAGACUGAAGAACUGUAAGCAACACGAUAUCUCCCUUAUACUGUGGCUUAAAUACUCUGACGGUCUGGGGACCUUAGAAGAGGGGAGGAAAGGUUAUUUUCAAAUUGGCAGAACGUGGGAAUUUUGAAAUAAGAAAAUCUGUUGUUAAUUUUUAUUUUGAGAUAACUCUCGGUCACUUUUCUGCCUCCCCGCCCUCCCCUUCUCUUUAAGACCUGAAAGCAGAAGUGAAGUUUGAAGUCUGCUCUCUGCAGAAGGGUGGGGGUGGGAAUAUAUGGGGAGAGAGGCUUGUUUUGAAACUGAAAAAUAAAGUAAAAAGUGGGAAAAUAAAAUGUAAAA